GCUUAUGGCGCAGGCUGCUGAUUGGCGGACUGCCGGCACGUGGGCGGGGUUCUGCUGAGCGGGCGGUGUCUCGGGAGUCUUCAGCUUCAGCUCCUGCUGGUGUAGCGGCGGCGGCGGCGUACCGGACGGCUUGGGCCCUGCAGGUUCAGCACUCGGACUCAUCUGAUGACAGGUUCUGACUCCAAGUGACUGACGUACACCUGUUGUUUCUUGGGUAACUUACCAGGGGCUGCAAUGGACCUGGUUCUCAACGUUGCCGAUCACUACUUCUUUACUCCAUAUGUGUACCCAGCCACGUGGCCAGAGGACAACAUCGUCCGGCAAACUAUUAGUCUCCUGAUUGUCACCAACCUGGGUGCUUAUAUCCUCUACUUCUUCUGUGCAACCCUGAGCUAUUAUUUUGUCUAUGAUCAUUCAUUAAUGAAGCAUCCUCAGUUCUUAAAGAAUCAAGUCUCUCGAGAGAUCAUGUUCACGGUCAAGUCUUUGCCCUGGAUAAGUAUCCCUACCAUUUCAUUGUUCCUGCUGGAGUUGAGAGGUUACAGCAAGCUCUAUGAUGACAUAGGAGACUUUCCAAGUGGCUGGAUUCAUCUCAUUGUUAGCGUGGUAUCAUUCCUGUUUUUCACAGACAUGCUGAUCUACUGGAUUCACAGGGGCCUGCACCAUAGACUGUUCUACAAGCGCAUACAUAAGCCUCAUCAUAUUUGGAAGAUCCCCACUCCAUUUGCAAGUCAUGCUUUUCACCCUGUGGACGGCUUCCUCCAGAGUCUCCCUUACCAUAUAUACCCGUUUGUCUUUCCACUACACAAGGUGGUCUACUUAGGUUUAUAUGUCUUGGUUAAUGUCUGGACAAUUUCUAUUCACGACGGUGAUUUUCGUGUCCCCCAGAUAUUAAGGCCAUAUAUUAAUGGGUCAGCUCAUCACACAGACCACCACAUGUAUUUUGACUAUAACUACGGACAGUAUUUCACAUUGUGGGAUAGAAUUGGAGGCUCUUUUAAAAAUCCUUCCUCCUUUGAAGGGAAAGGACCACUUAGUUAUGUGAGGAAGAUGGCAGAAGGAGAAUCCAACGGCCUAGCAGAAAAUGGCUGUAAAAAUGAAAAAUUGUGCAAUGGAGAGUUUGCAAAGACUAAGUAGACUAUUGCCCAAUUAUUAAAUAUUUUAAAUAAGGAAAUAAUCUCCACACAGCCAAGAUACAUAGCAACUAGGUGGUGUCAUUUGAACGUCAGCAUUGUGUGUCAUGCUGAAGAGCAGUCCUGACGAUAAGCUGAGGGAAGAUACUGGGAGCACCAAGAUUGUAAUCUCAUGGCUAAUGUGUCAGACAUUGGUUCAGGGACAACUUGCAUCUUUGCAGCCAGCAGAUCUGCAGCCUGUACAGCCCUAACAACAACUUUAAAUAAGACAGAAGAUGAGCUAUGGAAGAAGCUGGUCUGUGUCCUUUUGCCUUAAUCCACUCAUAUCCAUUAAGGGAAAAAAAAUCCAUUGUGCUUAACAAUACUGAGACUAGCCAAGAAAUACUAAUAUGAAGAUGGCUCCUGUCCAGGAGUGGCUGGCUUUGCAAUGGUGGUGGAGGACUUGCACGACUUUGUUCAAAUAGAAACAUCAGCCUGAACAAUCUAAUACAUGAGUGGCUAUGUAUGUGAUUUACAUAAUGGCUGGUUAAUAAGACUAUAUUAUCUUAUACAUAGGCGCCUUACUCUCUGGGGGCAUUAUCAGAUUUUAAUAAUGAAUAAAUAAAUGGUAAUUUUUUAAAUGUCAGCUCUUCCAUAUUCAAUCCAGAUAUGAGAUUGUUUAACUAAAGGUCUUGAUGCGUGUCAUUUAAAACUACUGUUUAAUAAGCCUACAGACAUGAAUCUGGAUAAUGCUAGAUAAAAACUUGGGGCACCUAGGUGGCACAUCUCUGUUUAAUAAAGUGGAUGCACUGUACUUAUGUAUUUCCAAGUUAUAAAGCUGACUUUCUAAAUGAAGGGAAUAAUUGCCAAAUACUUAAGUCUACCUGAGAUACACUUUGAAACCUCAUCCUUCAUUUCUUCCCUCUCUUCCUACUGCCUCUGCAAAAGCAAAAAUCUCACAAACACCCCCAUGAAGAAAGGUGGGUGCUGUAAGAUGAAUAUGUUGGUGUAAAGAUAUUCUAUUGGCUGUUUAUACAAAAACUAAUAAAAGUUGAUCAUGACUGCUAUUAACCACUUAAAUGUUAUAGCUCAAACUAUCCUUCGUUUAAAUUAGUGUCAGCGAAGACACAGAGGUGAUGUGGAUUGUAACAGUCGAGAGCAUCCCUGAUACCCAGGGUCAGACUGCUGGAUCUGAGUGUUGCUAAGGAUCUUUCGCUCAGCAAAUCCUUUUCCAUUUACUAGCUGACAUUAUCAAGUGCCCCUGAGGGAGUGGAAAUGGGAAAUAAAGAGGCUCUGUGUAAGGAUCUAGACUUCCUUUUCCCUGGAAGUAUAACCCACCAGGACCUGGGGUUCUGAAUCCAUAAGCAUAACUAAGAUAAGGACUGAUUGGCAUGUUGGAUAAACCCAAUACCCAACUCGUAGCAGUGUGUUGUGGAUACAAAAGGAUCCUAAAGAUACACUGUUUGAUAUUACAUCAAGAAAGGACAAACCCUUCAAACGGGACAGCUCUGUCACCCCUUCUCCCCAAGGCUCAGGGAGCAUCAAGGAAGAAGCCAAGGCCAGGGAAGAAUGCUGUAAGACUGGACGUGAGGGGCCAUUGUGCAACUUUGUCCGUCUACACACCAUUCAACCAGUGAACGUUCAGAUGGAUGAGGUGGAGGGGCUCCCAAGGUCCCACCUCUGGCUGUAGAGCAGUUGAUGGCUGCUAGGAAGGGAGACUCAGUUUGCAGUGGUGCAAUCUCUAAGUUGCUUUUGUGCCAGUGGGUGGCCCUGCACUCCUGAGGCUAGGGGCAGCUCUAGUUGGACUCGGGCUUAUACAGAAGAAGGAAAAGAGGAUGUGAAAUUGGGAGAGGGCUAGGGGGUGUCUGGGGGAAGUUGGGCUGGGGAAAGUAGAGUGGCUAUGAUCAAAAUGCAUUGUGUGUGUGUAUGAAAUAAAGAUUAGCUAAAUAAAAUUUCAGAGACAGAACUGAGAAGUUAACCUUCAGCUUCACCCCAGGCGUUAUUGCUGGGAACCUUGGAGUUAGGAAGAGUGAGUCACAGCAAGUACCCUUUCCAUCAGGGAUGAGCCACUGCUCCCCAGUAGGAUCAAGGGCAGAGAAUGGUGGCCUCUGCUUCCUGACUGCAGUGAUGAUCAUUGUUGGUCUUCUGUUGAGUCCUCACUGGGAGGAUGGUAGAGGAGGCCACUUUCCCCUUCACAUUGGACUGUGAAAAGCAUCUGAUGAGUUACAGGAAUGUGUAAGUAAAGUUGAAAACAAGACAUUGCUCAUUGUGAAUUCUCUUUAAUGAGGUAAAAUAGCUAGUGUUUUGUGAUUGUAGCAUUCUUUUUAAAAAUAUGUCAUAAGCCAGUCUAUAGUAAAAUUUAGAGAAAAAUACAAUCCUGCCCCCCCACCCCCAAUAGAAUCAACUUCUCAAGGACAGGAAUUGUAUGAUCCAGAUGUUAGGGGGUUUACCACCAGGGCAAGGUCUGGUAUCAGAAGAAAAAUAUUCAUAAAAAACUUGUUUUAAUAAAUAAUUUGCUUUGUGAUAUUACAUUAAAGAUAAUUGUCUGGAGACUAGGAUGUAGCCUAAUGGUAGAGUGCAUCUUGGCGUGUCUGAGGCCCUCAACUUACUCCCCAGCCUGGCAAAAAUGUUUUCUCCCUAAAUCUCUCAAGUCAGGUUGAAGAUUUUUAUUAAUUCUAAGUGCAAUAGACCUUAAAAAUAAGUUAUAAGUUCUAUGCUGGUUUCUUUAACAGUGAGCUUCAAAGUUGAGCCUAUCAAAUUCUCCUGAACAUGUAACCAUUUGUCUUUUUAUAAUGAAAUUUUCUCCAAUUUGGUAAGAGACUUAACAUGUUGAUUCAGUCCCCUGGUUGGACUUGUGUUUGGGUACCUGGGCAGAGUCCCAACACUCAGAUGUCACCACCAAACAGUGGGAUGGUGUCAGAAGUUAGUCAUUUGACUUGAAACCAUCCGUGCCCUCUUGAGGAGCCAGCUUACCUCAUAGGUUUCUGUUAAUCCCCUCCAUUAUUUAUGUCUAUUUCUCUUAAUACUGUGAUUCAUUUGGCCGUUCUUUUGGUGAAAAGUUGACCCCCUGACAUGCUAUAAAGAAACAAACAGAAGCUUAGCGCACAUUCAGCUGGAAGGCGGCCUUGUGCUAGCGGUUCUUGUUUGCAGCUCCAGCAUUGGGUGCUCCUUGCUUUCAUACAGUUGCAUAACCUGUCCUAACUGUGCAGUUCAGCCUUGACAUUUGCGUAUCAAUAUUACCACCACCCCCAGGCACGACAGAAGUGUCCUUCACCAGAGUGUGCACUGUUCCUCUCCGCAAUCUCCCACCCCCACAGCCUCGAUACCGCUUAUCUACUACAGUCUUGGAGAUUAAUUUCGUCUGUUUUAGAAUCUCAUGUAAAUUACAUUAGAUGAGAUAUACUCUAUGUGUUGAGCUUUUUUUUUUUAGCUUAACAUGUUUUUGUGCAUGUUGUGUUGUAUUAUCAAUAGUUCAUUCCUUUGAAUUGAUGAGUAUUAUUCCUAUUAUGACAUUAUACUAAAUAAUAUACUACUGUUGGCUAAUCUGUGUAUCUGUUGGUGGCUAUUGGGUUAUUUACAAUGUGGAAAUAUUUUGAAUAAAGCUACUACAGACAUUUGUGAAUGGA